AUGGCGCAAUAUUUCUUCGACCUCCUAUAUAACUUUACCGAUUGCAUGUGCUGCUUCCCCAGCACGCCGCAGCUUAAGAUCAACAAUCGUAGCUUUAAAAUGCUCCGUCUCCUGGGCGAGGGUGGUUUCUCCUACGUGUACCUAGUUCAAGACAAAGCAACGUCGGAGCUGUUUGCGCUGAAAAAGAUCCGAUGUCCCUUUGGUCAGGAGUCCGUCUCUCAAGCAUUGAAAGAAGUGGAGGCCUACAAUCUGUUUACAUCACAAUCCAAUAUCAUUCAUUCGAUUGAUCACUCCGUGUCCACCGAGUCAGGCUCGAAGUUCCGCUCCGAUGGAGGAGAAGCCGGGUCCAAGACUGUUUAUAUCCUCCUGCCUUACUAUCAACGAGGGAAUCUACAGGAUGCUAUCAAUGCCAAUCUAGUGAACCAUGCUCGAUUUCCGGAGAAGCGAUUAAUGGUACUGAUGCUGGGUGUCGCCACUGCGCUCCGGGCCAUGCAUCAAUAUCGUGUCCAGAGCGGUGCCGGCCCUACUCGGAAGGCGAAGGCAGUAAGAAGGGAAGGCGGAGAGGCAGAUACAUCCAUGCGCAUGAGCAAGCCCAAGCGCCGAGCCACCCAGGCGGCAGAUGAUGAAGAUUCUGAGAACGAACCAUUAAUGGAUGACGAGGUUACAAGGAGUCAGGAAGGCGUUCAAGAUGGAGGUUUGCGCCCAUACGCACAUAGAGAUAUCAAACCUGGCAACAUCAUGAUUGAUGAUGACGGUCAAACACCCGUGCUGAUGGAUCUUGGUUCACUCGCCCCCAGCCCCAUUGCUAUCACUUCGCGUUCACUUGCUUUGGCAGUCCAAGAUACUGCUGCGGAACAUAGUACGAUGCCAUAUCGAGCACCGGAACUUUUCGAUGUGAAGACCGGCUCCAUAAUUGACACCAAAGUCGAUAUCUGGUCUUUGGGGUGUACUCUCUACGCUUGCUUGGUGGGCAAAAGCCCCUUUGAGGCACGUAGCGAGGAGACCGGCGGUAGCCUGAGUAUGUGCGUCCUGGGUGGAGACUGGCGAUUCCCUGAUGAGAAACCGGGUACCAGCAAGGGCAAGGGCAAAGCUGGCGAGGAAUCCCGGAACGACGCCACCGCGACGAUCAGUGCGCCUGUCAAGGAUGUCGUUCGGAAGUGUUUGCAGGUUGAACCGGCAGAUCGACCGGACAUUGAUGAAUUGAUCCAAAUCUUGAAAGAUGUCAUCAAGGAUUUGCCAGAUGAUGACGAGCUUGCUGGCAGCUCCCGCUGA